CUCAACACAGUGACGGAAUCAGGUCGAGUAUAAACGCGGCACCUGCGCACGGCUGCAGCGACAGAGACGAACAGAGCCGGACGCAGAGAGACGAUCUUAGCUGCUCUGGGAAAGACCGGGGAAUUCUUCUGAAAGAGUAUGAAGUCCAACGUGUCUCUUUGCUGUUUCUCUUUACUUUUACUGCUCCAUGUGGUUGGAGCCAGGGCAGCCUCUGAUCUACAGAGUUUGAAGCAGCUCCUGGAGGACCUGAACACCGCACAUUAUUAUCCUUCUGAGGAGAUGGAGGGAGAAGCAAGGGAUGGUAACAAGUCGGAGUUUGGAGCUCCAGAGAAACACACCUGGGACUUGGGACCCUCAGACCCCAGCAACUCUGCACUGACCACUGAAGAAAACGUCCUGACCCGGCUGCUGAAGGACCUGAUGAGAACCUCCAAGCGCGCCUCCAGCCGGUACAAGAAGGGAGGACUGAGGAGCUGCUUCGGUGUCCGCCUGGAGAGGAUCGGCUCCUUCAGCGGGCUGGGAUGCUGAGAGCGUGGAUAGAAAUCCUGGGUCUCAUCAAGCCGCACUGGCGCUUCUGUUACAGUCUCACUCCUGUCUUUGACUCCUGUUCUUUAGCUGGUUCUCAUUCAGAACUGUGAUAUCUCAUUUGUUCAUCCUGUUGACUGUUAAAUAUAUAAUAUACAAUAAAUUAUUGUAAAGUUAUUUAUUUAUUUUUUUGUUAUUUUCCUGUUGGUAUGCACUGUAAUAUUCUAGUAAAACAAUUAUUUUGCAUAAA